GGCGGUGUCUAGCUGCUCCCCCUUCCCGAUGUUUCCGCUGUUGGAUUUCUUUCCCACGGUUCGGGUCGCUGGGUUUUUGUUUUGUUCUAUUUUCCCAGCUCCAUUCCUGAUGCAAUAGUGAUUACCGUCUUGGUGUUGAGCCGAGUGGAGGACUUGGACUACUUUAUCCUCUCCUGAUUUUUAGCAACGACCGAUCAUGACGACGACUUUGCCUACGGCGACAACGACAAACGGGCCCCCGCCGUCGGUUCGGGCCCUGACGACGACUUUCACGCCCGCGCCGACAUGCACGGAUAACUUCUACAUGCUGCCGUACGCGGCCAGCGGAUUCGCCUGUAUGGUUGGCGAUACGUCCUCGCCGUGCCAGUAUCUUCAUCUUGGGCCGUCCACGGCGAGCGACUGUAUGCCGCCCGACUGGAGCACGGGGACAGACGCUUAUUACUCCCCCGGUGUGUGCCCGACUGGAUACACGGAGGCUUGCUCGAAUUUGGUCAGCGUUGGGACGGUAACGGAGACCAGAGCGACGUGUUGUCCCAGCUCGUACAUCUGCCAAACAGACACCUACUGGCCCUGGUAUGCCGACAACGGGUGCACGAAGAUCGUCGACAGCACCGAAGUAUACACCUACACGACCGAUGACCCCGACGACGGACUCAUCACCACGACCUCCGAGGACAAAUACGGAGUCAACGCGUACGCCGUCACGAUUCGAUACCAAUCCGCCGAUAAGCUCCCUCCGACCACUUCGGCGACAACCACGUCCGCUCCGACAUCAACCACGUCUUCUACCACGUCAACAACCUCCUCCGCGGCAACCUCUUCACCGGACUCGAGCGGGCUGUCCAGCGGCGCCAAGGCAGGAAUCGGAGUGGGCGUGGCGGCCGGCGUUGUUCUCCUGCUGGUCGCUGUGGGAUUCUGGUUGUUUCGUCGUCGGAAGGCGAACGCUGCUGCUGCUGUCGCUCCCACCACCGCGGCACCUGGCACCAACGGGAUGCAUAACCCGGCGGAAUCGAGUCAAUACGUGAAGCACGAGCUGGCUGGCGCGCAAAUUCAUCCAAUGCCAGAGCUUGCGGGGAGCCAGCUUUAUCCCGGUCAGGCGGUUUCUCAUCACGUGCCGGCGCCGGAGCCAGUCGAGCUGGGGACGGGGAGAGAAUGA